CUCAGUUUCUUGCGGUCCGCAGCGCAGAUAGGGCACGGAUUUGGAUAGCUGUUUGUGCGCGAAAAGAGUAUUGCCUACAAAAAAAAUAUAAUACAGACUUCUUAGUCGGUUUAGCUGCGUACUCCCGUAAGCAAAAGGAGUCACGUUUAAAUUUUAAUUUAGAAUUUGAUUUGUGCAAAGACAGAAUCGAAGUAAUGUUGGUGCUCGAGGGUGGCGGAAGUGCGGGGAGCUGCACGGCAUCGGGGCGCUCCUCGGUCAACCCCAGCAUCCUAGACUCACCCACGCUCGCAAGAGUCGAACGUGCGAUGUUGAGGCACGACGAAGGAGUACGCAGGGACGGGGCUGCACUCCAAAGAGCAGCCUUCACACAGUCUUUAUUGCCUUCAAAUUAUGGAAAAGAUGCUUACAACGCUCUAAAGAAGGGAUUACUAUGGCAGCAACGUGAUAAGCUGUUCAGCAGAUGGAAGGAGCGUUACUUCAUCCUGACCAGGGACUACCUUCAUUGCUUCAGGCGCGCCUCCGGUAACGAUAGAAUUUCGGAGAUGGGCCAGUUUCUCUUCAAGGUGAAGCUGGUGGACGUGGAUCGCGUCGAAUGGGAGAACAAGAAGACUUACAGCACAGUUGCUCUGGUCUUGAUGGGACGAGAUGGGAAGAUUUAUUUGAGAGCCACCGAUGGACUUGAAGAUUGGUUUGAAAUGCUGGAGGAAUGCACGUACAAUUGUAAGGAGAGGAAGAGGGCCUUCAGAAGCUCAUGCGAUGAAAAACGGGAUAACAACAAUAUCAGAUGUCUGGAUGAUUGGCUCGCUGAUCGUCAAAAAAUCUCGUUGAGACGAUUGCCCACUGAUACGGUUAGCACCCAGCAAGAAGUCGUCAAGAAAAGGGAAUGGAUGGACCGGAGGGGAGACGAAUGGGAUUCCACUCUCAACAAUAGAUUAUCUCUGUUGACCGACAUUGACAUCAACGCUUACGAUGAUGACACCAUUGGAACGACUUCUGUGACUUCUUAUCGCAUGAAUGAAGACGUAUUGUGUAUUCAACCACCAUCAUUGAGGAAUAACAGCGCUUACAAGGGAUGCCAGUAUGGAAGACCCACGACCACUCAAGAUAUUCCACCGCAUAUGAUUAGAUUUAGAGAACGUUCCUAUAGCAACAUCGAGAAGUGUAACUGGCGUGCUCCAAGCAGCUUCAAAUAAAAGAAGCAAUUCGUCACGAUUGGACGAUGAAACUAGUCAAUCUCGAAGUCAUCCCACUGUAACCGAUAUCUCAAUAUACUAGCAACAAUAUGCGUUUCAUUUAGAAAACUAUCCAAAUAUUUUGCUUUACGAUAAUUGUAUUCAUGUUUGUCUGUUAAGUUUAUCCUAAAGCAGUAGCUACAACUAGAUCAUAAAUAUGUUCGUUUAAAUUUAUAUUAGUAUUAUAAAGUUCGAAUUUGUAUUUAUUUUAAUAUUGCUUCUGUUAAAUGUUAGUGUCAAAUUAUUGUCUUCUUUUUUGGUAGUAUCUAAAUUAGUAAUGCUGAUUAGGCGAAGUGCAUCAUUACUAUAGUAGAUCAUAUAAAUUACCAAAGAUAGGUAAAAUAUCGUAUUGCGAAAUGGUACGUUUAAAAUUAAUGUUAAUAUUUC